AAUUAGAAUUACUCAUCUUCACGUUUCCCUUGACAAACUCAAAACUGAGAAUAACAAAUACAAAUACGAUUUAUAUAAAACUACAAUCUCAACCCCUUACUAUUAAUAACAAUUACCUAUUAAACUCAUUUCACAUAAUUAUUCCUCUUUCUUCCACGCAAUCAAGUACCGACCAAACACAACACAAUCAAAACCUUGAAUCGUUUCGCCUUCUCUUUCUUUUCUUUAUCUCGUAUUCCGUUAACUUCAUUCCUUCCCACGAUCAAUAUUUUCUGGGCUUUAAUCCUUCUUGAAUUGUUUCUUUGCUUUCGUGGGUCGCAGGACAAUAGAGGAGGACUAAAUUAGAAUUGAUUGCACUGAAUUAGAAUUGACUGAACUCUACAAUUGAGUUUUGACGAAUGGAAAGGAGAUUAAUUUAACCAUUUACACAGUUUGGGGAAUGGACUGGCUGCUUUUGCCUACUGUCAGUGUUUGUAAAUGAUGUUCAGUGGGCAAAAGUUUGCAAAUCCUCUCAAUGUAUUGAAGUGGAAAUGGCAUGGUGAUUCAUCAUUGACAACAGGCUUGCUUGAUGUGCCUUCUGAGGUGGAGUUGUCUGAUUAUGGACAUGGAAGGGUACCAAGUCCCGGUAGUGAGAGCCCAACAGGGCUACUCAAUGGUGAAAGCUUGAAUACGGCUCCAAUUGUUGAUUUAGAUUUGUUUUUUGAAAGGCUUUAUAGCUACUACUGUGAGAAAGGACUUUGGUGUAUUAUAAUAAAAUGGAUGGUUGAGCUUCUGAGCUUGGGUUUCACCAUAUGUUUCUCGGCAUUUUUCUUAUUGUAUGUUGAUUGGAAUGGUCUUCGUAAUGCAAAGUGUGGAAUGGAUGCUGUUGAAUCUGGAAUUAAGCCCUGUGAUCUUGCUAAGGAAGCUCUUCAUCAGCACCCAUUAACCCCACUAACGCUUUCUAAAGCAAUUAUUAUUGGAUAUUUGGGGUUAUUUUCUAUCUAUUGGAUCUUCUGUUUCUUGAGAUUUUUUACUCAGUUGAAGGAUACUCUAGGAAUUCGUCAUUUCUAUUACAACAGUCUUCAUGUUACAGACAGUGAAAUCCAAACAAUGCCCUGGGCAACCAUUCUUGAGAAGGUUGUUCAGUUACAAAGUUCGCAGCAACUCUGUGUAGUUAAGGAUCUUUCUGCUCAUGAUGUGAUAAUGCGUUUGAUGAGGAAGGAGAAUUACUUGAUUGGAAUGCUUAACAAAGGGGUGCUUGCUUUUCCAAUUUCUCAGUGGGUACCCGGUGCUGGUCCAACUGUCAGAUUUGGCUCAAAUGGCUCACAGCAUCGCCUAAUACUUACCAAAACCCUAGAAUGGACCUUGAAUUGGUGCAUACUGCAGAGUAUGUUUGAUCGAAACUUUUGUGUCAGAAGAGACUUCAUUUCUAAUCCUAGAACCUUAAAGAAAAGGCUCAUGGUUGUUGGGCUUGCAAUGCUUAUCCUUUCUCCAUUUCUUGUCAUAUUUAUGCUAGUAUAUCUCUUCUUAAGGCAUGCUGAGCAAUUCUACAAUCAUCCAAGUACAGCAUCAUCUCGAAGAUGGUCAAAUUUGUCAAGAUGGAUUUUUAGGGAAUUCAAUGAGGUUGACCAUUUAUUCAAGCAUCGGAUCAAUAGCAGUGUCAUGCAUGCUUCUGAUUAUCUGAAGCAAUUUCCAUCACCUAUUAUUUCUAUCAUAGCAAAGUUUAUUUCUUUUGUGUCGGGUGGUUUCGCUGCUAUCCUGAUCAUCAUUGCAUUUCUGGAGGAAUCUCUCCUUGAGGGCCAUAUAUUUGGUCGCAAUUUGUUUUGGUAUGCUGCUGUGUUUGGAACCAUAACAGCUAUUAGCCGGGCUGCAGUUACGGAUGAGCUCUUGGUCCUUGAUCCAGAAGGGGCAAUGUCUAUGGUAGUUCAACAUACACAUUAUAUGCCAAAGAGAUGGCGUGGUAAAGAAAAUACUGAGAUGGUCCGGAUAGAUUUUGAAACACUCUUUCAGUAUACUGGGAUGAUGUUACUUGAGGAGAUGGCCUCCAUUUUCCUCACUCCAAUGUUGCUGUUAUUUAUUGUCCCUAAGCGGGUGGAUGACAUCUUACAGUUCAUUGCAGAUUAUACAGUGGAUAUUGAAGGUGUUGGCCAUGUCUGCAGUUUUAGCACCUUUGAUUUUCAAAACCAUGGCAAUAGCAAUUAUGGUUCUCCAUAUCAUACACCUGGUACCCAGAGGAGCUCUCAAGGGAAAAUGGAGAAAUCGUUCUUAAGUUUCCAGAGUAGCUAUCCUUCAUGGGAGCCAAAUUCUCAGGGAAAGCAGUUCCUGUUAAAUCUUAGAACUUUCAGGGAGCAAAAGUUGCAAGGACAAGGAAUUAGAAAUGCAUAUUCUCCACCAAGAAUGUGGCGUGGGAGCCCAAAUUUGAGAGGCAAUGGAGACAGAAACAGCACCUUAUUAAGGGAAUUGCCUUACACUGCUGGAACUGGCUAUCAGUUGGGUUCUUUGUGGCUAAUUGAUGUAGAACAGAAGAAUCAUCCAUAUCUUCUUGAUUGGUAUUAUACUUCUCGAUAUCUACAGACAACUGAUCAUAGAGUAGACAUACCAACUGUACCAUAUGAAGUGCCUGAGCAUCGUCAAGGAGAUUACUCGAUGCCAUCAAACCUCAUGCAAAAUGAAGCAAGAUAUGAAAAAUACUGGGACCAUGACAAUGAAGGACGAUUGCAGUCACAUCUAGGGGCUUCUACAUCAACUUCAGUCCUCCGGGAGAGUGUACUUCAGCAUCAUGAUACUAGUAACUUGUUACAACCUACCCGAAGCGAUUGGUGGGCUAGAACUAGAACUGGCUCAUAUGAUGCAAGACCCCAGUCAAGUUUUCUUGAGCCUCCUGAUUUCAAUCAAUACACUGCACAUACUAAUUAUUAUGAUAACUUCUCAGAGAGAAGCUUAGAGGAGGUAGAACAGCACUUGGAGUGGAGAAAUUCUCAUGGGUUAUCACGGACCACAUAUAUGGAUGACCUUGAUGUAGGAGAUCUUAAUCUUCAUUUUGAUGAUGUCUAUAGCAAACCUCCUGAAACCCCUGUUGCGAGUCCAGAGCCCCCAAACUUUUGAGUAAUAAAUUCUCUUAGUUUGUUGAGAGGUUCUUGCUUUAAGCUUUUAUGGAAUGUGAAUGUGAAUGGGUUUCCUUGGCCUUGGGUGGACUCUGAUAUUUGGUCUGUAUAAGGAAGGAAACUCAAUUCUUUGUUGUAUAUAAGAUUAGAUUAGAUUCUGUGUAGGCCUCCUUUAGAAGGUGAUCAAGUCUACAAAUACGAAGUCUUGUGAGCCUUCUGAUAGUAAAGGCAAAUUACAAGCUAUUGAUCAUUUAAAUUUCAUACCAUUAACGCAAAUUGUUUUGUCUAUAAUGGAAAUUGGGUUUAGUCGUAUUAUUUUCUUAAA